GCCUUUCUCUCCCGACCCCAGUCUUUCUUUAGGUCACAUCCCCCCAAUGAGUUUGUGAAGAUGAGGGCCUCAAGAGCCGUGGCCGUCCUCAGUGACGGUCGCAUUUUCAGCUCGAGCCCCGGCGCAAGGCUCCUGAGCCUGAGCAGCUGGAGCUGCAGGGCGAGCUCCGAUGCGCCGCGGCAGCAGCCCGCCCAGCCCCACGGCGCCAGGAGCUUCAGCCAGUCUGUCCAGAGGGGCGCUGCCCUGAACGCCGCCCAGGAAGCUCUCAAGGCCGCAAAGGAUGCGGCCAAUCUGUCCCCCGAAGUCGUCAAGGCGCGCAUGAGUCCCGAGGAGACCAAGCGUCUUUCUAUGGUCCGAAACAUUGGUAUUGCAGCACACAUCGACAGUGGUAAAACGACAUGCACCGAGCGAGUCCUCUUCUACACCGGCCGCAUCAAGGCCAUCCACGAGGUCAGAGGCCGCGACAGCGUCGGCGCAAAGAUGGACUCUAUGGAACUGGAACGCGAGCGAGGAAUCACCAUCCAAUCGGCUGCUACCUUCUGCGACUGGGAGAAGAAGGAAAACGGAAAAACGGAAACCUACCACAUCAACCUCAUCGACACCCCGGGCCACGUCGACUUCACCAUCGAGGUCGAGCGCGCCCUGCGAGUUCUCGACGGUGCCGCCAUGAUUCUCUGCGCCGUCAGCGGCGUCCAGAGUCAGACCAUCACCGUCGACAGGCAGAUGAAACGGUACAACGUCCCCCGCAUUAGCUUCGUGAACAAGAUGGACCGCAUGGGUGCCAACCCCUUCAAGGCCGUCGAGCAGAUCAACUCCAAGCUCAGGAUCCCCGCCGCCGCUAUCCAGGUCCCCAUCGGCUCCGAGAAGGAGUUCGAGGGCGUCGUCGACCUGAUCCACAUGCGCGCCAUCCGCAACGACGGCCACCGUGGUGUCCAGCUCAAGAUCUCCGACCAGAUCCCCGAGGACCUCAAGGAGCUCGCCCAGCAGAAGCGCCAGGAGCUGAUCGAGAAGCUCGCCGACGUCGACGACGAGAUGGCCGAGAUGUUCCUGGACGAGAAGGAGCCCACCCCCGAGCAGAUCAAGGCCGCCAUCCGCCGCGCCACCAUCGGCCUCAAGUUCACCCCUGUCCUGAUGGGCACCGCCCUCGGCGACAAGUCCAUCCAGCCCAUGCUCGACGCCAUCUGUGACUUCCUGCCGAACCCCGCCGACGUGCAGAACAUGGCCCUCGACCGCUCCCAGGGCGAGAAGCCGACCGCCCUUGUCCCCUACAACGCCCUGCCCUUUGUCGGCCUCGCCUUCAAGCUCGAGGAGAACCCCUACGGCCAGCUCACCUACAUCCGCGUCUACCAGGGCCAGCUCAAGAAGGGCAGCUACCUGUUCAACUCGCGCACCAACAAGAAGGUCCGCAUCCCGCGUAUCGUGCGCAUGCACUCCAACGACAUGGAGGACGUCGCCGAGAUUGGCGCCGGUGAGAUCUGCGCCGUCUUUGGUGUCGACUGCGCCUCGGGCGACACCUUUACCGACGGCAACCUCCCCUACACCAUGAGCUCCAUGUACGUCCCCGACGCCGUCAUGUCCCUGUCCAUCAAGCCCAAGCGCAGCAGCGACGCCGACCCCUUCUCCAAGGCCAUGAACCGCUUCCAGCGCGAGGACCCCACCUUCCGCCUGACCGUCGACGAGGAGUCCGAGGAGACUAUUAUUUCCGGCAUGGGUGAGCUCCACCUCGAGGUCUACGUCGAGCGCCUCCGCCGCGAGUACAAGGUCGAGUGCGAGACGGGCCAGCCCCGCGUCGCCUACCGUGAGACCAUCACCCGCCGCGCCGACUUCGACUACCUCCUCAAGAAGCAGACCGGCGGCCCGGGCGACUUCGCGCGCGUCAUGGGCUUCCUGGAGCCGAACCCCGAGGACCCGGAGAAGAACCACUUCGAGACGCAGGUGGUCGGCGGCACCAUCCCGGACAAGUACCUGUCGGCCUGCGGCAAGGGCUUCGAGCUGGGCUGCGAGGAGGGCCCCCUGCUGGGCCACAAGGUCAUCGGCGCCAAGCUGGUGGUCAACGACGGCGCGACGCACGUGACGGACUCGUCCGACUACGCGUUCCAGAUGGCGACGCAGGCCGCGUUCCGCAAGGCGUUCAAGGACGCCGGCGGCACCGUGCUCGAGCCGCUGAUGAAGACGACCAUCACGGCGCCCAACGAGUUCCAGGGCAACAUCAUCAUGCUCAUGAACAAGCGCGGCACCAUCGUCGACACCGAGAUCGGCCCCGAGGACUUCACGCUCACCGCCGACUGCUCCCUCAACGCCAUGUUCGGCUUCAGCUCGCACCUGCGCGCCGCCACCCAGGGCAAGGGCGAGUUCAGCAUGGAGUUCAGCCACUACGCCGCCGCGCCGCCUCAGCUGCAGAAGGAACUCAUCGCCAAGUACGAGAAGGAGAGGUUCGCGAAAUAGAAGCCCUCCACACGAUGUCUCUCAAUCCGAGAGCAUAGCCUCACCUAGGCUGCACGGCCACAAGAUGGUGGCCGUGCCAAGAGAGGUGGAGAGUUGCAACAUGGACGAUCGUGGAUGAUGAGUUCAUGAUCUGGAGAAUUGUACUAUAUCAAAAGGAUAUGUGUGUGCCCAACCAUAUAUAAACAGACGGGGUGCUCAUCUUUACUUUAUUCUGGCAUGGCAUGGUUUAGACUAGAGAGAAGCCUGGUCAGAAAGAGGCGCGCUUGCCGGGAAAUUUACCCCCCGAGCGGCCGCUGUUCUCAUACAAAAUGUUAUAUAGACCGAUGACACUGACUGCCUGCACAAAAAUCAAAGACAACGCUUAUCCUCUCUCCUCC